AUGGCUGCCACAACUCUCAACUACAUAAACUUCAACCAAGACCACAGCUGUCUGGCUGUCGGCACAUCCAAAGGCUUCCGCAUCUACCAUACCGAUCCGUUUUCCAAGAUCUUUAGCAGCGAUGAUGGGAACAUCGGCAUCGUUGAGAUGCUCUUCUCCACCUCCCUCGUCGCCCUCAUCCUUUCUCCCCGCCAUUUGAUUAUCCAGAAUACCAAGAGAUCCUCUAUCAUAUGCGAGCUUACUUUCCCCUCUGCCGUCCUUGCCGUGCGUCUGAACCGGAAACGACUCGCCGUCGUCCUCGAAUCCGAGAUCUACCUCUACGACAUCUCCAACAUGAGCCUCGUUUACACCAUUCCCACGUCCCCGAACCCCAACGCCAUCUGUGCACUUUCGCCGUCGUCCGAGAACUGUUACAUCGCGUAUCCUAUGCCGAAACCGCGAGAGGACUCGGGCGACAAGCGCCCUGCCCAUGCACCCCCGCUUUCCAACUACGUCGCCCCGACGUCGGGUGAGGUGCUCAUUUUCGAUACCGUCGCGUGCAAAUCCGUCAACGUCAUCGAGGCCCAUCGCUCCCCUCUCUCCUGCGUAUCGCUCAACAGCGAGGGCACGCUGCUAGCCACCGCCAGCGAAACCGGCACCAUCAUCCGCGUCUUCUCCGUGCCCCGGGGCCAGAAGCUCUACCAGUUCCGCCGCGGCACAUACCCGUCCACCAUCUACAGCAUGUCCUUCAAUCUCGGAUCCACAUUACUCUGCGUCUCCUCCACCUCCGACACCGUCCACAUCUUCCGCCUCGGUGCGUCGCCCGCUACAGCUACCGCGGCGGGGUACAUCGACUCGUCGUCAUCGUCCUCGCCCCGCCAAGACCGCUGGUCCCGAGCACGCAGCUACGACACCGACUCUCCCGCCGGCAGCGCGACAGGCUCGCCACGGAGCGACUUUGGCGAAGCCGCGUCCUCUUCCAACGGCGGCGCCGCCAGUUCCUCCGGCCCUCCGCACGCCAACCCCCACUCCCACAAGAGGCAGAGCGGCUCCUUCAGCAGCAUGCUCCGGCGCUCGUCGCAAAUCAUGGGCCGCAGCGUGGCCGGGGUCGUCGGCUCGUACCUCCCCCAGACGGUCACCGAGAUGUGGGAGCCGCAGCGGGAUUUCGCCUUCAUCAAGAUCCCCAAGUCGUCGGCUUCCGGCGCGGCGCCUUCCCGCGCAAAUAAUACCGCGAGCGGUGCUCCGCCCUACCCCUUGGGAGGACCCUUGCGAAGCGUCGUUGCUAUGAGUAGUAGCAGCCCGCAAGUCAUGGUCGUCACCAGCGAUGGCGGCUUUUACGUCUUCAACAUCAAUAUGGAGCAGGGAGGAGAAGGAUAUCUCGUCAAGCAAUCUUCACUUCUGGAAGGAGACGACAAGUUGGACGUCUCGUCCUACGGGGGUGUAGCAGCAUGA